AUGUGGAACAAAACAUCCCAUGUAGAAUUCAUAAUUAUGGGUUUUCCUGAACUUCCGCACCAUCAGUUACUGUUGUUUGUGAUAUUCAGCACUAUCUACAUUCUAACUUUGCUAGAAAAUGUCCUCCUCAUUGUGACAAUUUGGUUGAAUAGGCACCUUCGCACUCCCAUGUACUUCUUCUUAGGAAAUCUUUCUCUUUUAGAAAUGGUCUAUGUCUCUGUAACAAUGCCCAAGCUGUUCUCCAAUCUCUUGUUUGGUGAGAAGACAAUCACGUUGGGUGGUUGCAUUACUCAGAUGUAUGUUUUUCUGUCUUUAGCUUCUUCUGAAUGUUUUCUCCUGGCAACCAUGGCCUAUGACAGGUAUGUGGCCAUUUGCCACCCACUACAUUACACAUCACUCAUGAAUCACACAGCCUGCAUUGUCUUGAGCCUGGCUUCUUGGCUGGGUGGUUUCCUGGCUACCUUUCCAUCUGUAGUGAUGAUAUCCAAGUUGCAGUUCUGUAGGAAAAAUACCAUUGGCCACUUCUUCUGUGACAUCUCACCCUUAUUGAAGUUGUCAUGUACUGACACUGCCUCCAUUGAGGUACUAGAUUUUGUGGCAUCAUUAGCAGUUCUCAUUAGUUCACUGUUUGUAACUGGAACAUCUUAUGGAUUCAUCCUUUGCACAGUUGCAAGGAUUCCCUCUACCAAAGGGAAGCAUAAAGCUUUUUCGACUUGUGUAUCCCACCUAGCAGUGGUCUCUAUGUUCUAUGCCACCACCAUAUUUAUGUAUGGUCGGCCCAAGGCCAUUGGAACCUUUGACCUUAACAAGUUGGUGGCUAUCCAAUAUGCAGUGGUGGCUCCAUUUCUUAACCCAAUUAUUUACAGUCUUAGGAACAGGGAAGUGAGAGAGACCUUACAUAGAGCCUUACAUAGCUCAGCCAGUUUCUUAGUAUGUUUUCGAACACAAAGACUAAAACCAUGGCCAAACUGA